CGCCGCCACUCAAAUUAAAUCAGCUGUCGAUUUUUCUUUAUGAAUAAUUCUUAUUUAAUACUUUUACAAGCAAAUAAAAUGGAUUUUCAGAAACAUUGCAGCCUUUAAAACGUUAAAUCUGAAUAAAGCCAGCAAAGUGGUGUUAGUAUUAGGCGGUGGUCUAUGCCGAUGGGGUGUAGGGAGUGAGAGACGGGACAGCGGUGGCAGCGGGCGCGGCUCGGAGCCCCAGGCAUGCAGCGGCAUGGCCGGCGAGGCUGCGGGCACGUCGCGCGGCCUCCGCGUCUACAAGAUCGUCGUGCUCGGAGACGGCGGCGUUGGCAAGUCGGCGGUAACUCUGCAGUUCGUGAGCCACAGUUUCCUCGACUACCAUGACCCUACUAUCGAGGACUCAUACCAACAGCAGGCUGUCAUUGAUGGAGAACCUGCAUUGUUAGACAUUUUAGAUACAGCUGGCCAGGUGGAAUUCACAGCAAUGCGGGAGCAGUACAUGCGUUGCGGUGAAGGCUUUGUGCUGUGCUACUCUGUGACUGACCGGCGAUCAUUCCGCGCUGCUUCAGAGUACAGGAGGCUGCUGGCACAGGCUCGACCCUCGGAAAGACUGCCCCUAGUCCUUGUUGGGAACAAACUGGAUCUGGCACCAAGGUUUAGACAAGUGACAACAGAAGAAGGCAAUGCAUUGGCCACUCAGCUCGGGUGUCCGUUCUUUGAAACGUCGGCUGCCUUGCGGCACUUUGUCGAUGACGCCUUCCACGCCCUGGUGAGAGAGAUACGACGUCUGGAAAGACAGAGACAGUCUUCGCUAAUGGGUACGGGUAUAUCGAUGAGCGGUGGCAGGCGACGUUGGCGGCGACUGCGCAGCAUUUUCGCGCUCGUUUUCCGACGCCGCAGACGUCAUCACACAUAGCUGACGUCACGCAAUACGUCACCGUGGCUCUCUGACGUCAUACUAUGACCAACUGUUUGAAGUGACCAAAUAUGGAACUAUAGUCGAUAUUCUUCUGAUUAGCUGUAUUAUCGACAGUGGCGCCACUGCUUCAUAGAUUGGUGGGUAAAAUAACCGUGACGUCACACAUUGUGUCACCAGUAUUUUACGUCACCGAUGUCAAUAUGUCCUUUAAAUCUUUGUAAUCCAGUUUGCUAGUCCCAGUUGUUAUAAAUUAUACGCUUUUGUUACGUCAUUUGAAUGCAUUCUAUUUUUAUAUUACUGGAAUAUAGUCAUUUUCUUUUAUUUUCAACUUAAUAAUUCGGCUUUUUU